ACCAGUUUUGGUAAUCAACGUCCUUCCCACACAACAACUACCGGACAGCUAAGAGCAAGUUCUAAUGUCAUCUCCUGCUGAAGUACGUGCAACGACCGUAUUUGUUGGUGCGGAGAAAGUAGUCGUUCGUGAGGUCAAGUUCUCGUUGGUUAGAUAACAAUAGCUGAGACCAGCUUCUUCUUCAAGAGCUAAUUUCUUCAAAAAAAAACAAAAAAAAGCGACAUAUCAAAGAGAUCGCCAUAAUCCGAGUGCUGUGUACGUCCCAGUGAGUUCCAGGCCAGUCCUCCAUACACAACAGCCUGAAGAUGAUGAUCAGUACUGUCGAAACAAACGUAAGCAAACAUAUUAAUUUAAAAGAGCUUAGAUAAUCGUUAUCAGAAUGUGAGAACCAAUGCAAUCUUUUCAUUUCAAGAGCGUUUAGUAUAGACCUGUAUUAUGCAGGUGAAGGUGAUAUCUUGCCACAGCCAGAAGCGUCACUGUAAUUGGCGUCUACAUUACGAGAGUCAAGUUGAAUGUGAUAUCUUGACCUAGCCAGAUGCGUCACUGUUAAUGACGUCUUCAUUACUACUAGGGUCUAGCUGAAUAUAAUAUCUUGACUUAGACAGAAGCGACACUGUCAAUGACGCCUUGUUUGUUAACUGCAAGGACAUAGUAGACUUCCAUAUAAUUUGAUUAAAGAUUCUGCUGGGAAUUGGGGACACAAUGUCUAUCAAUGUUUGCAUUAAAUGUUCGAAGUGUCUACACGUCCGGCGCGCCGGACAUGUAGUGCGCAAGAUAUACGUCCGGCGGCUUGUCACAUGACCGCCGGACAUGGCCGGACGACUAGUAGUUUUUAUAAUUCGAAACAAAGUAAAGUUUAGUACAUCUUGUGUGGUCUUGUGGUAGAGUGGUUGCAUAGGAAGGUUUGAGGAUCUAUACCGGGGAGAGGGUCUUUUUUUUUCUACCCAUUUUAAUUAAAAAUAUUUUGUAUAUAUUUAUAUUAACAUGUUCCUCAGCAACAGUAGUUUCAUGAGAAGUUUUUACAUAUUUUGUAGCAAUUGAAAUAAUUUAAAAUGAAAUCUUUUACUUUAACUUUUAUUGGUUGCCUACGCCUACUCCACACUGGCCCCUAAUUUAUUUUAUGUAUUACUGGUACACAAACUCAAAUAACAAACUAAACAAAAAUGUUUACAAGCCACUUUCACUUAAGUUUUUUUUUUCUAUUAUUUGCAUUCAAGAUACUCAGUACAUUACUUGGUAGAGAAAUAGAUUUUAAAAUUAACAAUAGUUUUGAAUUAUUCGCAGUCACGUGACAAGGCUGACCGACAAGAUAUCUCUCGCCACUUUGUUACGGCGGUCAUGUGACUUGGUCGCCGGACACAUAGUGCGGGAGAUAGACGCGCCGGACGUGUAGACACUGCCUUAAAUGUUAUUUACCUGCUCGGUGAUUAAAGAAAAUCAAUCGGUUUAAUAAUUAAAGGAAUGGGGCGUUAUUCUGUCAACAAGUUUAGGAGAAUAGGGGGGGGGGGGUUAAGAGGGGUGUAACUGAGAUGAAUUUAUGGUUGACCUCAAUGCACUGAGCGUAUGUGCUCUUGAAUAUUCACAAGUAGGUUACCCCGAAUGUGUUAUGUUAGUAGCCCAUACUUUUCCUCAGGCUGUUUGACCACGCUGCGAGAAUCCAUUGAAAUAAUGUAUCUCGCGUGUUCGUUCGGCCCAAACACUUCUAAAAUUACAACAAAAGAAAAACUGUUCGCUGGUCCGGCCUAGUUAGACCGUUGAGCUUGUGGUUAUUGGAGCAAAGCGAAUAACAACUGGGCUGUCCAUUAUACUCUACAGGUGGCGAGAGGCUACUCAUUCAGUCUAUUAUUGUGGAGUUUAAUUGUUACACGGCGUGUUGUAGUGUUGUCACAUCGCAUGGGUCAAAGUGUGUACCAUCUAUCCUUUUAAAUAGCGAGAUUAAACAUUUUUUAAAAGGUUUUCUACUUUUUCACUCUAUUUCUUUAAAUACUAAUAUUUUCGUGCAUUAUAAUUUUUGACACAGUUCAAUGGAUCUCAACCGGCUGUACCGAGCGACAAUAGUGCGGUCGUCUCUGCCGUUACCAGCAAGAAGAAGAAAAAGAAGAGUAAAAAGAAUGGAGAGAAACAAAUGGGGGACCUAAAAAGGGAGUUGGAUAUGGACGAGCACAAGAUACCCCUGGAGGAACUGUGCAACAGAUAUGGAACAGACAGAGUCAAUGUAAGUGAAGGGAUAGGAAGUCCCCUCUUUUUCAAUAGUUAAGACUUUUCAGGAUCUAAAUUUUUUGUUCACACUGUUGCUAGUGUCAAUCUGAGUUCAAUUACUUAUAAAAUUGGUUACUUUUUUAAAUUAAAAAAAACAAAACAAAACAAAACAAAUACUAUGGCCCAACCCCUAUGCUCUCCAGCUUAAAAUGAACAAAUCUCUCUCCCCGAUAAGGGCCACACUCCAGAACGAGUAGCAGAGUUCCAGGCUAGAGAUGGUCUGAACCAGCUGACCCCACCGAAAUCCGUUCCGGAAUGGGUCAAAUUUGUGAAAAUCUUGGUCGGCGGCUUCUCUCUGCUCUUGUGGAUAGCCUCCACCCUGUGCCUCAUUGCGUAUGGUAUACAAAUAGCGGGCAACGAGAAUCCUCCUGGAGAUAAUGUAAGAGAAAACUUUGUAAUCUCUAAGCCUUGUCAUAAUCUCUAAAAUUUGUCAAAAUCUCUAAACCUUGUCAUAAUCUCUAAACCAUGUCAUAAUCUCUAAACCAUGUAACAAUCUCUAAACCAUGUCAUAAUCUCUAAACCAUAUAAUAUAACACUUGUCAGCUUGUUAAAAUUUCAAUGAAAAUGAUUUUAAAAAUGUUUCAUGCCAUCUCACGUAGCAAUAAUUUUAAACAAAAUGUAAAAUAGGCUAACAUGUUUUAAAGAAUUUUCAAAUUUCAGAUUCUAUAAUUUUACAUGUAACAUGUAGGCCCUAUAUCAUAUUCCUUAUGGUUAUGCCUUAUGCUACAGGAGAUCUUACUGAAGCAUACAAUGUUCCAUAUGUUACCAAGUUAUAUAACGAACAUAAUUUAAUUCCAGCUUUACCUUGGGAUAGUGCUUUUCUGUGUGGUGCUCAUCUCUGGGGUUUUUUCCUACUACCAGGAAUCAAAGAGCUCAAAAAUUAUGGAUUCCUUUAAAAACAUGGUGCCCCAGGUAAGUGUUCCCCAUGAAGAAACUAUGCUUAAAGUUGGGGGGGGGGUGUAUAUGCUUUUUUAUUUGUUUAUUUUAAAUCACAUGCCAGAUUGUUGCUACUUCAUUGCCUCUAAUGAUUCUCAAAAAAUGAAAAUUAUUUCAUUAUUGUAUCAAUAAUAAACAAAAAAAAUAAGCUGAAAUAAUCUCUUUUUAUAGCAAGCCUUGGUGAUACGUAAUGGUCAGAAAAUGACCAUCAAUGCUGAACAGAUUGUUGUUGGCGAUAUUGUAGAGGUCAAGUUUGGUGAUCGUAUCCCAGCUGAUAUCAGGAUAAUCUCCGCCAACAGUUUCAAGGUAACAACUGCAUGUACAUGUGUACGUGUGAAGAAAUUUAUUUUAAUAUAUAAUUUAUUCUAAAUCAUUUUUUUUUUCAAAUUAUAAAUGUCAAUAAAAAGGAUAUGUUAAAAUUUACAUUGCAAUGCUGUCAAUUGUAGAAUUUUGCUAACACAAUGUUUAAUAAAAUGGAAUGCUAAGAUAUUGUGUUCUGUUAAAAAUUUAAUAUUAAACAUAAUUACGCUUCCACUAUUUGUCAUUACUCUGCUCUAAAACACAAUCGUUAAAUUAUCUUAAACAUGAAAUGAUUUUUAUUCAAGGUGGACAAUUCGUCCCUAACUGGAGAAUCUGAGCCACAAUCGAGGUCACCAGAGUUCACUCAUGAGAACCCAUUGGAAACCAAAAACCUGGGAUUUUUCUCCACUAGUGCUGUUGAGGGUAAGUACAUUUCUAUUUCAAAUAGGAGAAACAGGAUGUCCUUACAGAUUAUUCAUGAAUGAAUGAAUGCCAAGAUGGACCCUUUUUGUCUUAAAUUGAAGUCAAAUUGUAAAUCAAUAUUUAUAUACGAGACCCUUCAGUAAAUUAAGUUUUUAAAUGUCUGGAAAAAAGUUAAUUUAUAUAAUUGUCAUGUUGACAUAUAUACCGUGUCAUGUUGACAUAUAUACCGUGUCAUGUUGACAUAUAUACCGUGUCAUGUUGACAUAUAUACCGUGUCAUGUUGACAUAUAUGCUGGUGUCAUGUUGACAUAUACGCCGGUGUCAUGUUGACAUGUACACCGGUGUCAUGUGGACAUGUACACUGGUGUCAUGUGGACAUGUACACCGGUGUCAUGUUGACAUGUACACCGGUGUCAUGUUGACAUACACACCGGUAUUAUAUAGACCUACAAAUAGUUUUAUAAAUCUGUAUAUAAUAUAAAAUAUAUCAUCUUACAUCAGGAACUGCAACUGGUAUUGUAGUCAGGAUUGGAGAUAACUCUGUAAUGGGACGCAUCGCCAACUUAACAACUGGUCUUGAUGCUGGGGCAACACCCAUUGCCAAGGAACUGACCCACUUUGUCCACAUCAUCACCGUCAUAGCAGUUGUCCUAGGAAUCAUAUUCUUCAUUGUAGCCCUAUUUUUUGGAUACAUCUGGAUCGAUGCCAUUGUCUUUCUAAUCGGUACAAUAGUGGCAAAUGUACCCGAAGGGCUCCUGAUCACUGUGACGGUAAUUAAUAUUUUACAUUUCUCCUUAAAUAGCAGUAUCAGAUGUUAGUGAAAAAUGUCUUUUUUGGAUCAGUUGACAAAUAACACUGUAAAAUCAUGUAUAUAGAACAAAAAAUAUUUACACCGUUCAACUUUCUAUGGUUUUAGCUCUCACAUUGUAUGGUUCUGUUUAUGCAUGAGGCUUUCAUUAUAAAAGAAAUCUAGCAUUUACCCACAUUCUAUAACUUCAUAUGUGUAUCAUAUUAUAGGAUUAUUUAUUCAGGGAAUGUGAAAUAGGGAAAGUUGUAUUCUUCCUUUCACUAAUGUAAAUAUAGGGUACAUGUAACUAUGGGGUAGGCCUACAUGGAUGCAGUGGACACAAGUUUCAAUUUUCAUUUAGAAGACAUUAAUUCAGAUUUACCUGUUUUAUUUUUAUUUUUUCGAUUGGAGGGAGUAUAUUAAUUAAAAUCAGACAUUAAUCAAAAACAAUUUUAAAAAUGUAAUCCUGUCUUUUCAAGAUUUGUUUAAUUUCUCUUCGAGAUCUUUUCACCUCGUUUGGGAUCUUUUUGCAUCAGCUGAAAGAAAUCUUGCAAUCAAGAACCCUCAGAAACAUAACAUAAUUUUAAUUACAGUAUAUUUUAGUGGCCUUGUUAUGGCUUUGUUCGGCUAUCUCUAUGUAAAAUUCCUAUUCCCAACCUGAAAGGUGUCUCUAACCUUGACCGCUAAGCGCAUGGCAAAGAAAAACUGUCUGGUGAAAAAUCUGGAGGCUGUUGAAACCCUCGGCUCAACAUCUGUCAUCUGCUCUGACAAAACAGGGACUCUCACUCAAAACAGAAUGACCGUGGCCCAUAUUUGGUUUGAUGGCCGGAUUAUUGAGGCUGAUAUGAGAGAAGACCAGUCCAGUAUGUUUCUUUAGACCCUUGUUUUGUGUUUAUUGAAGACCUGCAAUCCUAUUUCAUUGGAUCUUUGGACUAAAGGCUCUUAUAAAAAAAAAUUAAGCAUUUUUAUAUUUUAAAAAUUUAUUACAUAACAAAAAUUUGCUCCAAAAAUCAAAGAACUGUUAUCAAAAUUAAUUUUUAAUAUUUGGUAUUUACAAUAAUUCACCAUUGAAUGGAAAAGGGGGGUGGGGGGGGGGAUAAUUCUUACAGCAACUUAAUUUAUGAAAAUAUUUUCAGAUACAUUAAGAUUGAUUUAAAGAAGAAAAUAUUUCAUGCAUCUGCAUUUUAAUCUGUAAAUAUAACUUUUUUCAUCUUACCACACAGCUAUCAAAUACUUUUAUUUCAGAUGGUCAGUACUCUUCAGAUGAUGCUUCAUGGAUGGCACUGGCUCGAAUCACCAUGUUGUGCAACCGAGCUGAAUUCAAGAUUGAUCAAGAAAAUGUACCUAUACUCAAAAGGUAUGUACCUAUACUCAAAAGUUAACAAGUUUUUAUGAUGUAUUAAAUGUACCUAUACUCAAAAGGUAACAAGUUUUUAUGAUGUAUUAAAUGUACCUAUACUCAAAAGGUAACAAGUUUUUAUGACGUAUUUCAUACACGUUUAUUUAAAUGUUACUUUAAUUUUAAGUGGAAUAAUGUUCACUCACUUUUACUAAUCACACCAAUUGAUGAAUGUCAAUUAAGAAAGCCUAAGAUGUUGUAUUGAACACAAUAACAAAGUUGUGUAAGAUUUUUUUAAUGGAAGCAUUUAAGUACUAUAUUAAAUAAUGAACUAAAAAGUUUACUAUUACUGAUGUAAACUUAUAUCAACUUCAAAACAUGUUACAAAUAAUGGUAUUUUUUACAUUAUAUUACAAAUAAUAAAUGUCUCAUUUACAUAAUUUAAAUUCUCUAAGGGAGUGUAAUGGGGAUGCCUCGGAGUCUGCAUUGCUGAAGUGUGUGGAACUUUCUAUUGGCAAUGUCAUGAAAUACCGUCGGGAACAUAAAAAGGUUCUGGAAAUUCCCUUUAACUCAACCAAUAAAUUUCAGGUAAGAAUAAACUUGCUUUCAGAUAGAGUUUGUGAUUUAAUGUAAGUAUAUCAACCAUGUGAGCCUUGUGUCAAAAUUAUCCUAUAUCAAAAUGAGAUUCCUUUACCAACAUUUUUAAAAAGCUUACAGUCAGAAAAAAUUUGUUAAUCAGUGAAAAUGAAAAUAUUCUUGCAAAUACAAACUGAUGUUAUUUUUUCUUUUCUUUAAAUAAUACAGGUAUCAAUUCAUGAGUGUAAAGAUGAAACCACUGGCUCUCACUACCUGCUUGUGAUGAAAGGUGCCCCAGAAAGGAUCAUUGACUGCUGCUCCACCAUUUUGAUGGAUGGUCGAGAUGAGCCAUUGAAUGAGAAUUACAAAGAAGCUUUCAACUCUGUCUACAUGAUGCUAGGAGGUCUGGGAGAGAGAGUAUUAGGUGGGUGAGGCUUGUAGAAUAUUGCUUUAAUAUUAAGAAUUCGUUUUUUAUUGAGCAGUAGGAAUUUAAAUUAAAUUUUGUUUUAAAUAUUCAUUUUCAAUUGCGGUACUUUUUCUAGAGACAAAAAUUUAAUAAUUCCUUCAUUGAACAUUGACUUUUUUGAGAUUUUUGAGUAUCUCCUUUUUAUUAAGGCAUAUCUUGUUUAUUGUAUUGUAUUGUCGGCUGAAGAAGAUAUUUGGCCAAAAAGUCAUCAGUUUGUCCAUUCUUUUCAAGCCAAAACAACUUAUUCAACUAUUUAAGUAAUUUAUUAAAAUAACAUGUAGGCUAUACUAUUGAAUAUAUAGUCAAGAUGAGCUAAAAAGGUUUUCAAAACUAUUGAAUUUGUCCAUAAUCCUACUUAUAACCAUAUAACUUGUGUCAAUUUUAAUCCAUCUUUUAGGUUUUUGUGACUACCAGCUCCCACCCAAGGAAUAUCCACUGGAUUAUCCCUUUGAUGCUGACAAUAUCAAUUUCCCCAUCUCUGGCCUUCGGUUUGUUGGUUUAAUGUCAAUGAUCGACCCACCCAGAGCAGCAGUGCCUGGAGCAGUAGCCAAGUGUAGGAGUGCUGGCAUUAAGGUUAAGUAAACUAUGAAUAAUGCUGUCAUUAAGGUUAAGUAAAAUAGGAAAAAACUGCACAGAAAUCUCUACAGUAUUUUAGCAAAGAAUGUGGAUUUAUUUAUUUUUGUCAGUCUGUUAGGUCUGCUAAAUGAAAAUAAUUUUAUAUGAUUAUUCUAAUUAUACAAUUCUUGAAAUUAGCUUUUUAUAACCACAUUUUCAUUUCAAGAAAGCAAAUUUUAAACAUUUAAUUUACUCUAUUCAUUUGUUUUAUUAAUUUUCUGCAUGCCAUUAUGUUCAAUGUUAUUUAAAAAAACAGCUUUCAUUGUUAUGUCUAAUUAGAAUUUGUUUUUUUAAAUUACAGAUUAUAAUGGUGACUGGCGACCACCCCAUAACAGCCAGAGCUAUUGCUAUUGGAGUUGGAAUCAUCUCAGAAGACAGCAAAACUGUACAAGAGAUUGCUGAAGAAAGAGGAAUACCAGUAGAAGAUGUAGACCCAAGGUCAGCUAUUAAACAUAUAUAUAGUACUGCCUUUGUUUUGAACUUAAAGUGUAUCUUGUUGGGCCUAUAAUUUGUUUUUUGUAAUAUGCCUUAAUGCCAAAAAAUUGUUGUAUUUUUUGCACUGUUCCUCAAUGUCUACAAUUUUUUUUAUGAUCUGCCCUAUUCAUCAAUGCUUCUUACAACUUAAAGCUAGGAGAAUAAAUUUGCUCCAGCCCUUUGGCACUUUAUGAUUUAUAAAUGCUCUUGAUAGACAAAUAUGUUUGUAAUAAAAAUGUUUUCACUAAUUAACCUUAAUAAUAUAAAAAUCAAGGUAAAAUGUUUUAAAAGUUUUUAAUAUUAUAGGUAUAAAAUAAUAGACAUCAUCUCAUAAAACAAUAUAGGCUUAAGCUUAUAAAAUAAUAUAGCCAUGAGUUUAUAAAAUAACAUAGGCAUACGUUUAUUUUAAAAAAUCUAAACCAUUUUAAAAGCAAUAAAUUUUUUUUUCAUUUGUCAAAAUAUUCUCCGUAUUAAAACUUUAUCUAAUGUUCAUGAUGGCAAAACAGAGAUGCUAAAGCUGCAGUUGUGCAUGGUGGUGAGCUAAGAGAAAUGACACCUGCUCAAAUUGACAGCAUUUUGUCCAACCAUUCUGAGAUCGUCUUUGCCCGGACAUCACCCCAGCAGAAGCUGCUGAUUGUAGAAGGCUGCCAGCGGCUGGGACAAAUUGUGGCAGUGACUGGUGAUGGUGUCAACGAUUCCCCUGCUCUUAAGAAGGCAGACAUUGGUAAGCUGUUCAGUAGACAUCAUAUUAUUUUAAUUCGUAUUUAGUACAACCCCUUUCAUUUUAAAGUAAAUUCUUGAUUUCAUCCCAUAUUACAUUUCUUCCAAAUAAACACUAUUCCAGUGUGAAAUAAAUUAGCAAAUUAUAGGAUAAAAACUGUUCAUCCAAUAUUGAUAGUCAAAAUUUGUGUCCCCAGGUAUUGCUAUGGGUAUUGCUGGCAGUGAUGUGAGCAAACAAGCUGCAGACAUGAUCCUGUUAGAUGAUAACUUUGCCUCCAUUGUCACUGGUGUGGAAGAAGGCCGAAUAAUCUUUGACAACCUGAAGAAGACCAUUGCAUACUCUCUAACCACAAACAUCCCUGAGCUGGUCCCAUUCAUUAUCUUCCUUCUGGCUGAUGUCCCCUUAGCCCUGGGGACCAUUGCUAUGUUAUUCAUUAACCUUGGCACCGACAUGGUUCCAGCCAUAUCUCUGGCUUAUGAAGAAGCUGAACUGGACAUUAUGAAAAGAAAGCCACGGGACCCAGUUAAGGACAAACUAGUAACAGACAGGUAACUUUUGCUUAUUGGUAUCUAUUUACCAUAAUUCUGUUUAAUGAUUGAGAGAUCACUGUCAUAGGCAGAGUGGUGUCUAGGGAGCCUUGUUCUUUGGUUAUCAAUAAGAAACACUAUAAUUUCAGGUGUGAGGCAAGUUACUGUGCUACAGCUUUUUUAAACUAAGCUCUUGUGCAGUAGUAUUUUUUUUUAAAGCACAUUUUUUAUUUUGCAGACUUAUUAGUGCAUCUUAUGCUCAGGUGGGACUAAUGGAGGCUGCUGCUGGAUUUUUUGCAUAUUUUGUUGUCAUGGCAGAAAAUGGUUUUCUAAUGGACCGACUUGUUGGUGUUCGUGCCGAAUGGGAUUCUCCUGCAGUUAAUGACUUGAUGGAUUCUUAUGGACAAGAGUGGGUAAGUUUUAAAAUAAAAGCUUAAUAAGACACAUGAACAUGGAACACAUGCUUUUAAAGAUGUAAGAUAUUAAGUUGCAAUUCCAUAACCAAUAUUCGGAUUGAGAUCUUUUGCAUUGAACUGUUGGGAACAUAAACAUUUCUUAUAAAAAUUACAGAUUCGGAAUUAAAUAUUGCCCUUCAAAAUAUGGAUUCUCAAUUCAAUCCUUUUUUGAACAAGAUGAUUGGGAGAUAUUUUUAUUAAAUAAAAAAACUAAAAUUUUUUAAAGUAUAUGUUAUUACAUCAUCCGUUAUGAAAUACACCAUAUUUGUUCCAAGCCAUUUGCAUAAAGAGUAAAGUUUUCAAAUCUAUAUAUACAUUUUCCUGCAAAUAUGAUCUUGUUUUAAGAGAUUUAAUUUUACAAAUAAUUUAUUUCAUAUUUAAUUAAUUCAUGUUGAAGUUUAAUGAUUAUUGUUUAGUCAUACCUUACAUCUUUCAAAUGUUUGAUGUUAUAUUUGUACAAUACUUUCAGACCUACUACCAGAGAAAGAGAUUGGAGAUCACUGUCUACUCUGCUUUCUUUGUGGCAGUUAUCAUCACUCAAUGGGCUGAUUUACUCAUUCGUAAAACUAGACGCCUCUCUAUCUUCCAGCAUGGAAUGAAGUUAGUAUAAUAGUCUAAUUUAAGAAAUUUAUUUUGAAACUGGAUGGGCACUCUGGGCGGGGGCACUCUGGGCGGGGGAACUCUGGGCGGGGCACUCUGGGCGGGCACAUGUAACAAUAUGAUUGUAACAAUUCAACUGCAAUUUUUUGUAUUAAUUUUAGGCCUAUAUAUUUUUUAAAUGCCGUGUUAAGCAUCUUUCAUAUAUUUUUAUAAAAAAAACUUGUUAGAAUCUAAUUUAAAGGGUUAUAGGCAAAAAAGCAUGUUUCUUGUUAUGGAUAAGAUGGUUCAUUUUGAGAAAUUUUUACUUUUCCAGAAAUCAUUACCUGACUUUUGGAUUGUUCUUUGAAACUGCACUGGCUGCAUUUUUGUGUUAUACCCCAGGCCUGAAUGAAGGGCUGAAAUUUCAACCUUUAAGGUACAUUCUUUAAUAGUCUAUUUUAACUGCUUCUGAAAUCAUGUUUCAUGUUUCUGUAUGUAAAAUAAAGUAGUAUAAAUUAGAGAGCAAUGUGCGCACUACAGCACCUAAAGGCAGUUAAUAUUUAAUUCUUUAUUUUUACAGAUUCACAUGGUGGCUUUGUGCCAUCCCUUACAGCUUGUUGAUCUUCACCUAUGAUGAGAUGCGAAGGUUUCUGCUUAGACGUUACCCUGGAGGCUUUGUGGAGAGGGAGAUGUAUUACUAGCUGAAUCGGCCUUCAAUUAUGCAUUUAAUAUGGUUCUUUUUAAGGUUUUUGAAAAGAAUAUCGUCCUCACUUUACACAAAUUUCAUUUACAAUACAGGAUUGUUAUCUAUCUUGAAUUUGAAAUGAAAGAACUUAGUAUUUAAACAUUUUAUCAAUUAUUGAUUUUAACAUUUAAUUGAACUUCCUUUUGAAAUUUCUAAUACUUGGUUCAAUUUUAAUAAUCAUGGGAAAGCAUUUAAAUUUCAUGUGAUUUUUCUAUAACAAAUGAUUUAGCAAUUCUAAUCAUUUUUUAUUAAUUUUUAACCUCACUUAAUUUUUUAAACAUUCAGCAAUUAUUAAAAUAUUUAAAAUUAUAAAAUACAACUUGAUAAUUGGAGAAUUAGGCUUAUAUUAUCUAUUUUAGACCUUGUUCCAUAGUUUCUAUUGGAUGCCUUGGAUGACCAUUUGCUUAAAGUCCAGAGAAUUUUUCAUGAUUGAGGGUACAUAAACAAAUUGCACAAAAUGUGACCAGAUUUAUAUUACAUGCCAUUAUAUUGGCAUUUUACAUUUUUAAUUAUAUUUUAAUAAUUUUUCUGUCUCUAGUUACAAAUGUAUAAGUUUUACAAUAAAAAUACAUAUAAAAAUGCAUUUCUAUUCAGUAUGUGAAUUUAAUUUUGCGUUACAUUGAAUU